UCCGCGACCUGCUUGCUGGUGGUCGCACGGGCCGUGAUUGCAGGGAUGGGGACCAAUGCUCCAGGUCAUCCCGGUUGUAAUUGUGAAGAGGAUUGGGGGCUGCUUGAGCUAGUGACCCGGUGUCAGUUGGCCAGCGACUUCCUGAUCGCCCUGGCGUACUUCUCUAUUCCGCUGGAGCUGGUGUACUUCGUCAGUUUCUCGCACGUCUUUCCAUUUAGAUGGAUUAUUAUCCAGUUUGGAACGUUUAUCGUGUUGUGCGGCCUGACGCACUUUAUAGCGAUAUGGACCUACGGUCCGCAUUCAUUUCUUAUCAUGCUGAUUCAAACAAUUCUGAAGAUUGCAACUGCGCUAGUGUCGUGUGCUACUGCUAUCACGCUGGUCCACGUUAUUCCAACUCUGCUUCAUGUCAAGGUGCGGGAGCUGUUUUUGAAGCACAAGGCUGCUGAGCUAGAUAGGGAAAUGGGUAUCAUUAAGGAUCAAGAGGAGGCGGGGCGGCAUGUUCGUAUGCUGACAAACGAGAUUCGGAGCACCCUUGACCGUCACACCAUUCUGAACACAACGCUUGUGGAGCUGGCGAAGACGCUGGAACUUGCAAACUGCACAAUCUGGGAACCCAACGUCGAGGGUGAUGCGAUAAAGCUGACUCAUGAGCUUGACAGACGAUAUCUGCAGGUCCCCGUCACGAUUCCAGCAUCUGACAAAACUGUGCAGCAAAUUAUUCAGACCAGCGAAGCGAUAGUGAUUCCUCCUGUUUGUGCUCUUGGGAAGGCAAGCAAUCAUCGCGUUCUAGCCGGUGCUAUGGCAGCAGUUCGUCUGCCUUUGCUGUACGUUUCAAAUUUUAAGGGAGGCACGCCCGAAGUGGUCAGUGCGUCUUACGCUAUCCUGGUGUUGGUGUUGCCCGGUGAAACCGGUCGAGUGUGGACAGCCCACGAAAUCGAGAUGGUGGAGGUUGUUGCAGAUCAGGUUGCAGUGGCUUUGUCUCACGCGGCAGUGCUAGAGGAUUCCCAACGUACGAGAGACGCGCUGGUGGACCAAAACAAAAAACUGCAAGCUGCGCGGCAGGAAGCAGAAACAGCUAUUCGUGCCCGCAACGAUUUCCUGGCAGUAAUGAACCACGAAAUGCGAACUCCAAUGCAUGCGAUCAUUGCCCUGUCUUCGUUGUUACAAGAGGGAAAGCUGACGGUGGAUCAGCGGAGUAUGGUUGAUACCGUUGUGAAAAGUAGCAGUCUGCUGUCGACCUUGAUCAAUGACGUGCUCGACUUUUCACGGCUGGAGGAUGGAAGUUUGAGUUUGGAGAUGCGUCCUUUUGAGCUCCCAACCGUUUUGAGGGAGGCCGAGAAUCUUGCCAAACCGAUGGCGAAGGGGAAAGGGCUGGACUUCUUUUUCGACAUAAAUAUGGAUGUACCGCAGUGUGUGAUAGGGGACGAAAAGCGCCUCCUCCAAAUCACUUUGAAUAUAAUUGGUAAUGCGGUGAAGUUCACUAGGCUCGGAUUCGUGUCCGUCUCCGUGAGCCUGGAGAAGUACGAUGCGAGUAUUAGACGGGACCCGAGGAACCCGAGCUGGCGCCCGAUACCAUGCGACGGUUUUGUGUACAUUCGUAUUGUUGUGAAGGAUACCGGAUUGGGAGUGAGGGAGAACGACAUCCCUCGGCUGUUCAACAAGUUUGUGCAAGCCGACAGCACAACCACUCGUCAGUACGGGGGCACUGGACUAGGUUUGGCAAUCUGCAAGAAGUUUGUUCAGCUCAUGAAUGGUCACAUUUGGAUUGAAAGCGAGGGUAUAAACAGAGGUUCUGUAGUAACCUUCAUAGUGAGGUUACAGGUGCAGUCGGAUUCAGCCAAGGAAAGAGGUAGGCCGUCUCGUGAGGAGCAACUGAAUAAAGAAGACCUGAAAGGUCUGAAAGUUCUAGUUACAGACGACAACAGCGUGAACCGCAUUGUGACCAAAAGACUAUUAGAUAGGUUAGGUUGUUACACGACUGUAGUGGAAUCAGGGCAACAGUGUCUGGCUGCUCUGUCGCAGCCUGGCAGUGGAUUUAGGGUUCUCUUGCUGGAUUUGUGCAUGCCGGAGAUGGACGGAUAUGAAGUGGCCAGGAUCAUCAAGCAAAAGUUUCGACAGGGGGAGCCUUUAGUCGUUGCUUUGACAGCGAAUACGGACAAGAAUACGAAAGAGCGGUGUAUGCAGAUCGGAAUGGAUGAGGUUGUGUUGAAGCCGAUCUCGCUGCAAGAGAUGAGCGCCGUGCUGUGCAAAUUGUUGCACAACCCAAAGAGCGGUUCUCGUUCCCACGGCAUGGUGAAUGGAAGAUAGUAGACUUCCGCAGUCGACGUCGAACAUCGAGGAUGUCGUGAAUGUGUACUGAAAGGGAGGGUUUUGCAAUGGUUGCGACGCGCGAAAUCAGAGUCGGAUCUGUGCAGAGGAGCUUCCUGGUAAUGACGAUAAAUGAGGUGUAUUUGAGACUCAGGGCGGUGGUAAGAGAGUAUUUGGGAUUGUUGUUUUUGAUGGGGAUGGAAAAUUCGCGCUUUGCCGUGUUCUGCUCUUGGCCCACAAUGUGUUGUGGUCUUGACUGAUGAGCGCCCGGUCGGCGCCAUUCCGUCCCUCCUUUCAUUUUUUUAUUUCUUUGUCAACAUAGUAAUCUACUAAUAUUAGAAAUGGCACGGCUGUCUAUUGUCACAGAGCAUAGUCAUUGUUGAAAUUGCUUAUACCAUAUUGCUGCCAUUUCAGUAAAUCAGUUACAAGUUUUGUACUAUCA